AUGGGUGAGCCGGUUAAGGUGAUGAGCACUUUCGGCACCAUAUACGGCCAUCGUCCAGAGGUGGCCCUGAGCAUCAAGGGCAUACCUUAUGAGCUGCGCCUCGAAGACCUUCCCAACAACAAGAGCGAGCUGCUGCUGACGUGCAACCCCAUCCACAAACUGGUCCCCGUGCUCCUUCAUGGCGACAGAUCCAUCUGCGAGUCGCUCAUCAUCGUCGAGUACAUCGACGAGGCCUUCGAGGGGCCGCCGCUGCUGCCGGCCGACCCCUAUGAGAGGGCCACGGCCCGCUUCUGGGCGCAGUUCAUCGACCAAAAGUUUGCUAGGCCGUUCUGGAUGUCGAUAUGUAUGGCAGAUGGUGACAAGGAGGAGGAGGAGGACUUCUUGAAGGUAGCCAAGGAGAAUCUCCUGCUUCUCGAGGGACAGCUUAAGGGGAAGAGGUUUUUUGGAGGGGACUCCAUUGGCCUCGUGGACAUAGCUGCCAGUGGAUUAGCUCGCUGGCUCGAAGCCUUCGAGGAGAUCUCCGGAGUGGAUCUGCUCACCAAUGAGGAGUUCCCUGUUCUGCACCGAUGGGCGAAAGCAUAUGCCGGCGACGAGCGUGCUAAGGAGUGCCUGCCGAACAUGGAUGAACUGGUUUCCAAGUUCACUGCAGUGAGGAAGAAGUUUCAAGCAAUGGCAGAGGUUCCGAAGUGA